GUUCUUCAUUGAUGGCUUAGCGUGGAUGGCAUGCAAAUAGAUGAAGAUUGCAUGGUGCUGUCGGCCAUCGUGUUUGGUGCAGAAUUCCUCUACUGAUACAAACGCCGACUCAGCUGUACAAUUUAGGACCUACGGACACUGAUUCUAUGUAGCCUUGAAAUUUUCUGAAUUUUUGGAUUCUACAAUUGCUGAAUAUCCACAGUGCUGUUUCUUACGAUCUGGAUUGUGGUGCCGAUUUUAGAAUAUAGUCCUGACAUCCACCAUUGAUUGGAGUUGAUAAGUUUCAGCAUGGAGCUGCUCUACUAUGAAUAUCUCUGUUUAGCUGAUUGUAUUGAAGGUGCUAUAUUAAGUGAGCGUGAGCAGGAUGACACUCGAGCGUAAUGCCCAACCCGAGUACACACAGCAGAGCAUGUCGACCACGACAACCUGUACCUCCAAAGCCAUCGACAUACCCAAGAAAGAUGAGCCGAUGUUCAGUAGAAACAGCCCUAACAUGCUCAAUGUCCUCACAGCCAGCUCGGACUUCGAGUUCUCAAAUAGUAUGCUCCGCUUGGAGCAUGAAGUUGACCAGCUGAGCCUCACAGAGAAGUCCUCCUCAGACUCCACGCCAUCCCCCACAUUUGCCCGGUCGGCACCGGUAACUCCGAUCCACAAUCCAUCUGGCAGUGUGGACGUAGGCUACCGGGAUGGCACACAGAGAGGUUUCUUUGAGGGGCUGCUGGGCUGCCUCCGUCCGGUAUGGACCAUCAUUGGCAAAGCAGCAGCCGCAGAGCUGAAACAACAAGAUGACUGGGAGAUUCCUUUUGAGAACAUCACUGACCUGCAGUGGUUGGGGAGCGGGGCGCAGGGUGCUGUGUUCCUGGGAAAGUUGACAGGAGAGGAGGUAGCAGUCAAGAAGGUCCGCGACGUCAAGGAGACAGACAUCCGCAAUCUCCGCAAACUCAACCACCCGAACAUCAUUGCUUUCAAGGGAGUAUGUACGCAGGCGCCCUGCUACUGUAUCAUCAUGGAGUACUGCCCUUAUGGACAGCUGUAUGAGUUGCUUCGUGAUGGCAAGGAAAUACCGCCCACACUCAUACUGGACUGGACCAAACAGAUUGCCAGUGGAAUGAACUACCUCCAUUCACACAAGAUCAUACACCGGGAUCUAAAGUCACCCAACGUGUUAGUGGCCAGUAAUAAUGUGGUGAAGAUCUCGGACUUCGGCACGAGCCGAGAGUGGAAUGAGAAGAGCACCAAAAUGUCGUUUGCUGGGACCGUUGCCUGGAUGGCGCCUGAAGUCAUCAGGAAUGAACCCUGUUCGGAGAAAGUGGACAUCUGGUCGUUUGGUGUGGUGGUGUGGGAGUUGCUGACUGGAGAGAUUCCUUAUCGGGAUGUUGACUCGUCGGCCAUCAUCUGGGGCGUGGGCAGCAACAGCCUUCACCUCCCGGUGCCGUCAACCUGCCCUGAGGGCUUCCAGUUGCUCAUGAGGCUCUGUUGGAGUGCCAAGCCCCGCAAUCGGCCAUCGUUCCGGCAGGUGUUGAUGCAUCUGGAGAUAGCAUCCCCAGAGCUACUCAACUACAGCCGGGAGGACUUCAUGGAAGAGCAGGUAAAGUGGCAGGAAGAGAUCCGGGAGCUCUUCAUGAAGAUGCGAUCCGAGGGGUCCCACUUUCCUCAGCUGGAAGAGGAACUCAUCCGGCGCAGGAAGGAAGAACUCAGACAUGCCCAGGAUGUGCGGGAGCACUAUGAGCGGAAGUUGGAGCGAGCCAACAACCUGUACAUGGAGCUAACAGCGUGCAUGUUGCAGCUCGAGAAGAGGGAACGAGAGCUGAUCAAGAGAGAACAGAUGCUGGCGUUGUACUCAAAGCGACGGAAAAGUAUUGUCCGUCCAAUCAUCAAAGCCCAGGAGAAGCUAGAUAGAAUUGGGAAGAAGAGAUGCUACAGAUCUUCUGACCCUGCAAGUCCGGACUCGCAGAAGACUGAAGGUAGCAUGACCACCAGUUCUGAACAAGUUCUUCCAUCACCCACAAAAAUGCGCUACCGAAAGAAUCGUCACCGGCGCAGCAACAGCCGUGGAUCGCUGAAGGACAUUACCUCGCCUAUACGAAGCCCAUCGAAGGACUCAAGUCAAGAUGAAUCAAAAACUAAACGGGUGACUUUGCAUCCAGGCCCAGGUUUGGCUGUGAGAAGAGAAAAGAAAAAUGAAUCGGACUGUCCUGAUAAGAACAAGAAUCAGAAUUUAGAUGAGCGUAAUUUGAACGAUGUUUGUUUUGGGUGUGAUGGAGGAUGUAGUGAUAUCACAUGCAGCAGCAAGAGGUCAAGUCAGGUCAGCGCGGAUGUUGAAAGCAAUACGUGUGACUCGCCAUGUAAUAGCCCACGACAUCAAGUUCACCAAGUGUAUAAUAUUGUCGAGGUUGAAAACACCAAUCAGCCUGACUUUCAAUCAAAAACAACAAUUCUAGAAAAAGACUCGAAUGAAAAUCUGAAUUGUCCCAUCGACACAGCAGAUAUAGAUAUCAAAGACAUUAAGGAAAUUACAAGUGAGGAUACUAUUAUCAUCACAGCUGAUAAUACAGUAGGACAUAGGGCAGACAACUCAGUGUUAGAAAAUGCCCAAAAAACUGUGUCUGUAUCAAUGAAGAGGACGAGAAGUGAUCCAGAAAUUUCGCCAAAAUGUUUGUCACCAAAUCUGCCGAGGCUACGAGACAAGUCUGACAAGAAAGUUGCAGUUAAAUUCAGAAAUGUCAAGCAUUCAGCAGACACAACGUCAGAAGAAGAAGGGGAGGUAAGCGAGGAUGAAGCCCGGCGACGGAACCUGUGUCGUCAGUCUAUAUCCACGCUCAGCUCCGAGGGAGGUGUGUUCUCAGAGGAGGAGGAGGAGGAGAACACAAGCGAGGUGUCACAUAACAUGGGGCUUAUGUCCACCAACAGCGCCGAAAACCUCCAGAUGGAACUAGCCAAGUGUACAUACGCCUCCGAUGGACUGUCGGACCGCGAGAUGACUGUCAGGAAGAUGAAGAGCCAAGUUUCAUCACCCCCAGAGAGGAUAUAUGAGAACCCUCGUUCAGAUUCCAGUUCUGACUCUGAUGAGUGCUCCAAUUCAACUGUAUCAACAGUUCAGAGAAAACGAUCCUUUGAAAAGAAGCAGUGGUAGCCAAGGGUUUUCAUUUUGGAAAAGACUUUGUUUUGAGAGAGGCAGCAUUGACGAUAGUCACACGACUUUCGCCAGUUAGAAGAAUAGGACCUUCAAAUUGUGUCACACGUUUUGAUAUCUGCUUGCAUCAUCUUGUUGAAAAACAAGAAAAGAAGGAAGCAAUUUCUUACCUUGUAGACUUGAAUCUAGUUUUGCUGUCGGGCAUAUUCAAGUUUUUUGUUGGUGGAAUCAAAUUAUGGAUAUUCCAGUCCCAUAUUGUUUUGAUUUCCUUGUCAUAAUGUUUCAAAGAGUGUGACAAUGGAACACUCUGUGAGGAGGACUUGCAAGGUAUGGGACCAGUGUUUUCUGCCUCAGGAUCAUUUGAACUCAGUGAUAUUUUCCUUUUACUGCUUAACUUUCGCCUGUGAGCUUGUUGAAACAGUGCCAAUGUACUGACGCUAUACAAGUGCACGGUUGGUCAUGUUUGUCAAUUUGCCGGCUUGUGGGCAUCAUUUCCGGAUCCACAGACAUAUGUGAUGAGGGACCUACUGAAUUUUGUGGAGUUUCUGGCUCAGAGGACUUUGCUGCAGAAGUUGUUGGAUUGUUUAUUGAUUAUGGAAUAUCACAUUGAGUGAUCAUGCUUUGACAGGGAUUUUAAAACAUUGACAUGAGUAGGUAAUAAUUGUGGAAAUACUGAAGGAUUAAUGAUAUAUUUUACCGACAGCAGUGAAACAGACAUGGUUGAGUGGGAUGUUAUGAGUGUUCACACAUGGAUUUCCCAGGGUUUUCGAUUGCAGGUGUUUUGUGAUCGUCAAUUUUAACUUGUUUAUCCAUGUUAUUAUCUUAAAUUUUCUGAAGUUAGCUGUGAAGUUGAACUUUGAAAAGGUAAAUUCUACAGCAAUUAUAAAAGGUCUUUGCUAAAUGAUUGUUACCUAAUUUAGCAAGUGCAGUGUUAGAUUGACACAUAGACAAUGGGAGUAGAAAGACAAACAAAUCUUCACAAACAAAAAUAAACUUUGUUGUUGAUCCAAUGAUAUAGGUAACAAAUGGCUGUCAAUGUUUCUGUGAAUUGGUUGCAGAUAUGAUCUCUACAAUACACCAUCAUUUGUAGAUUUUGCAGCAAAGUUCAAAGGGGUAAUAUUGCUCAAAAUUCUUGUGCAUAAUGCUUAAAAAACACAAAAAAUACAAAAAUGACCAAAAGUAACAAACGACCAUCUGAAUGUAUAAACCCCUUUGUAUUUUUCUGCCAGGUUAAAGCUGCAAUUGUUCUGUAUAUCAUGUCCAUAUCAAAGCAAGUUACCAUGUCAUUUUCAGUGAUGAUUGACAUUGUUAUUGACACCAAACUCUCAUCCAAUCAGAUAGCGUGUCCCAUUUUUUUUGCUGUGUCAGCAUUUCUGAUUGGAUGAAAGUCCAUGCAUUUGGUGCAUUUUCUUGUUUUGUUGAUGUUUUUUGUGUGUCAAAGCUUUAUCAAUAUCCUCCCGUUUAACUCAACAUCAGUUUUGUGGGUCUGUGUACACUACAGUUAGGUAUUAAAUGGAGUGUUUCACAGAAGUAAACACAGACACAAAGUUUAUAUAAGAAACUCAUAAUCUUUCUCCAACAGAAACAGCAUUUGAGAUUUUCCUGCUAGUCAGAAGCCAGAAUCUAGUAAAACCUACUUCAGUCUGAAUUCUUAGCUUAUGACAGCACAUCUGUCAAAAGUAUAUUCUUAAAACAUGGAAGAAGCAGAACUUGAGGCUGGUAGAGUCCAUGUUCCAGUUGUAACCAUGAGAUAAAUACAGUUGGAAACAUGUUAAGGUGACAAACAGUAGUAACAUCAGACACAAAAACAUGUGAGGGAAAAGAUUCCGUGUUCUAUAAGUGGAUAUAUCAAAUUUGAAGUAAAUCUUUGCUAGAUAAUGGGAAAGAGUUGGUAGUUACAGGAGCAGAGUGCUGCUGCAGGUGCCUGCCUUGUAGUGUAGACAGACUCCAUCAUGUGCCACAGGUGAAGGCAGCUGACCAUGUUGACUGUGUACUCAGCCCGCUUCCAGAGUGUGUUUGUUGUUUAUUGAUGGAUAGCUGCGAUAGUCGUAGAAUGACAGGCUGUUCUCAAACCAACUCCAUAUGGUCUUGUAGCUCCUUGUUAUCAUCUCAUUUGUGCAAAUACCUGCUCGUUUUAUCCAUAUUGGGCAGUAAAUCUCAACCAAUGUCAUUAAAAUCAGACAUUUGUGCUUGCUACUGCUAAGCAAAAACCAUUAGCAACCUUUAAUUCCAGCAUCGCUUACCAGAUUGGCAAAGUGACAGUUGGAAUGUGCUUUCUGAUCAUGCAACCUCGAACAACAGUUACGGCUUGUACGACUGAUUCCGUCUUGUCUCUCGCUUCAAAGGGAUAAGCAUUUCAAACUUUCCAUAGCCCAUGAGAAGUAUGGCCAUACAAUUUCGGCCAUCUGUUCCAGAUCUUUAUGGAAUGGAAGUUGCCAGCUUGAAACUAGCACCAAAAAGCUACAGAAACUGCUAUCUGAUUGGCUAAUGUUGACUUCUAGUUCGGUCAAAGUUCACAAAAGGUUUUUCUGACAUGACCUGGGAUGCCCUCAGAUCUUUCCAUAGUGGUAGCAAGCACUGACAUCUGAAUUUUAAUAAGAUUUGAGUCAACACAUAUCAAAGGCAUGUUGGCAGUAACAUGUAUGACAUAAAAAGAAAGACAGUAUUUGGGCCUUCUUGCUUUGUACAUGAAGUAGGAAGAAAAGUACUUCUGAUGAAUUCCUGAUUACUGGAUUUGGGGAGAAAAUAAUGAGUAGUUUGUUGCAUUUGAGAUCAAUUAUACAUGUGUAUACAGUCUACCAUACCUUGCAUCUUUGAGAUCAAUUAUACAUGUCUAUACAGUCUACCAUACCUUGCAUCUUUGAGAAAUGGUUAUUGCUAAACUAGACACGGCAAUAUUUCUUUGGAGAUGGUUUGAGAAUGACCUGAUUUGUUUGGUUUGAGAGGUCCAGGUAGCCUUGACAUAAAGUAAUUCAAGAAAGGCUAGAUGCUGAUGAAAACACUGAACAGUUUUAAAGUAGAAGGGAAAUAACUCUUUUAAGGACAAUACUAAGAGAGAUAACUAUCAAGGUAGGCAUGGCAAAAUGACUGUUGUGUACAAUGCAAUAGUUUCAGUCUGUGAUUUCAAUAACACAUUUUGUGCAAUAAUAUCUUGAUACAUUCCUUCAACUUGCUUCAACAUGUUACUUGGUAUUUGAUUACUGUUUCAGUGUGUACCAAAUUUGAUAUGAAAUAUAUUAAAAAACUUUCAACUGGACCUCUCAAAGUGAAGCAGAAGGAUAUGUAAGGGAUGUACAGAGAGUGUUUUGUUUUUAAAAAAUUUGUUUAAGUUUUGUUUGGUUCAUCAUCCAUCGAAUAUCACACCUUUAUUUUUCUCAUGGAAAAGUGCUUUUGAUGCUAUUAACUACUCUGUUUUCAGAGUGCAUCAGAUAUAUUUUUACUUUUCAAGUAUGUAUUACAACAUACGUUUCUGAGUCAGUCACAUAUCAGUAUUUCAUCAUACACCGUGUGUUCGUUUCUCCUUUAAUUGUUUUCUUCCUUUUCAACCACAUCUUUGUUUUGGCAUUUUCUAGUUUUCUUGAACAGAUAGUAGAAAGUUGUACAAAGAAACAAAAUGAUAAUGGAAGAGAAAAUUUAUUGGGAAAAAUACUCGAAUUAGGACAGUACCAAAAAUAGUAGAAAUAAUUUUAGAAAUAGGUUGAUAUAAUGUGAGACUAAGUCAACAUUACUGGUAUAUCUUUCAGAAAUACAGUUUUACUAACACCAAAGAAUUAUUUUGGUUUGAAGUAUUAUAUCUAUCCAUUAUUUUUCGUUUUACCAUUACGGUAUCAUUGCCUAUGAUUUUGUUUUUCCCAUGAUCUCGUUGUUGACAUUUUAUGAACAGUGUUGAAAGGAACCCAGGGAUUUCUGCAUAACAAAGCCAUAUUUAGAAGGGUUUCUUACUUAAUUCAAACAUUGACAAGUGACAGCAUUCUUGUUGUAUGUAAAGAAUUGAUAGUUUCAUCCAAAUUAUUGUAUUCAAUUAACAGAUACAAUUUUUAAAGAACCAUAUCCAUAUCAGUCAUUUACAUUGACAGUACCCAAACCAUUGUUGCAGUUUUGUUUUUGUCUCUAGUUUCCGAUAUUUUUGUAUCAGUUUCUUAUUUGGACCAUAUCUGUUUUUAAUUUGUUUUUGUUCCUUAUACUUCAACAUAUCCUUAUAUCAUAUUUAUUUUCAAAUUAUUUAUCUUAUUCACAUACAUUUCACAUAACAAAAAUCCAUCAAGUAUAAUCCAUUUUCAAAGGAUUAGCCAUAAUCCUUUGUCACAUAAUGGAUUAGUGGAAUCCAUUGUCACAUACAGGAUUAACAAUAGGUUAUAAUCAAAGUUAUCAUUUUGUACUUGUUUAAUAUACAUGAUCAGGGCUGGUCCCAUGGCAUUUUGUAAUUUUCAUAGCAUAUCAGGACUGUACAAUUGUUCACAGUAUUUAUAAAAACAUUCUCUUUUGUCUCUUGUAGACUGUUUUUGGUGAUGGCUACUGAUGCUACUAGGGACACUUGUAGUCUACAUGAUCUGGCUCACAAUGAAUAUUACUAAACCACAUUAAUACAGGAUGCAAAAACAUAAUUAAACUAUUCAGUGUUAAUUUCAAAUAUAACAAUAAUAAAAUCAUGCCGACUAAUCAUGAAGGGUGCAUAACUUCAAUUUGUUUGGAGCAAUUACCUGUUUCAGUCCACUGUUAAGAACAUAUUUUGUUAGGAAGUGAUUUUUUAUACAAAUACAUACCAAUUAUUUUCCUGUUUGAUGGAUUUGGUAACCAUGACAAUACAUCGUUGCUUGUGUUUUAUGAAAGAACUCAAAUCAGGAAAUGAAAAUAUUUUGUUUAUCAGUAGAUUUAGUAAUGAAGCUAUUGUUUUAGGAUCACAAGUUCUCAUCAUCAUCAGUUAUUAUUUAUGAAUGAAAUGAACAUGUUUAAAAUGCCAAACUGUAGUAAAAGUGUAUUGGUUGAUAAAACCCCAUUUGAUCUGCAAAAUGUUACACAAGUCAUUGCAAACUUACUAUUUUUGACACAAGAUUAAAAUAUAAUUAAAACCAAACAAAGGCUUGUCCUAAAAAAUUGUUGCACAGGGAAAUAAACAACGGAAAUGUUACUGAAUUUGUUAAUUUGUCCAAAUAUUACCUCAAAUGGUCCAUUCCUGAAAUAAUUUUAUUCACAGGGUUGUUUUCCUGGGUGAUAUUUUGUAUUACCUUUUGAGUAAUAAAAUAUGAAUAGUAACCUAGAUCUGUAUUACUACCUUUGAAUUGGUUUGUGCUUGUCUUGUUAAUUUUGAAGAUUUUUCUGCUCUCUGUUGCAUAGACUAUUGUACAUUCCAGAGUCAUGUAGAGAUUAUUUGUGCAUAUGUAAAUAUGAUAUUAAUAUGCAAUCUGUUGUGAAGUAAAUAAAUAACAAGAGGUCAAACUGGA